CGUGCCUACGAGAGGCACCGGAAACUUUUGGUGGUCUCCCUUUGGUUUAUCAAGUGGAUGAUAGAAAGGAAAUGUCUUACGGAGCUGUAAGGCGCCUGUGUCAUACGACAAAGAGGAACAGCACUCACCCUCCCCACAAACACAUUGGUCUGGUCGUCCGCGGGCGUCGCCUUGGUAACGGCGUCUCGCCGACUCCCGGGAGGCUCCAGGCGGUUCCAUUGUUGUGGAAAAGGUGAAAGUAAGGACCGCGCCCGGUGUUGCCUGGAGAACGCCGAGACUCACAGUAGCAAAAUGGGCCUCUCCCCGACUCCCUUCCACCCACUGCUCCCCACGGCCACAAAGCAAAGAGCGCCCCUUCUUGGUGGAUGUAGGGCCGCGGUGCUGGGCCAGGCACAACUUUGCUGGGUCCUUUGAGGGACCCGCGGGGAAACCCGCCCCAAGUUCCUUGGAUUCCGCGGAAGCUUUUAGGAGGAUGACUGAACCAACAGCAAGAUUGGAGUGGGAAAUGACAAGCUUUUAAAAGUGAAAACUCUUUGAUAGCCAAUUUACAAGAAAUUGGACAAUGGAUUGUUCCAAGAAGAUGGAGGUCAUCAAUGUCAUCGCCUUACCCAUGAUACCAGUGGAUGAGAAGCUGGUGGUUUCGCUCAGUGCACGGAGUGCAAGGGAGAGGGCUGGGAGGAAGGACAUUCAGGAGCACCGCCCCUCCUGCCUAAUUGGCUCCAUGCUCCAGGUGCAUCAGAAGAUUGGGAAUAUGGACCUAGAGCACAGCCCGAUGACUGACAGUCUGAAAAUAGCAGAAAAGAAUCUUCUGGCCGAGCUAUACCAGCCUCCCAAAUUUAACGACUCUGGGCCCAACAACCUUCCCAAUGGAGUGGACUUCUGCGACAUGGUGGGCAACGUGAUUCGGGCAGAGAAAAACACCUUGAGUGGCAAGUCUUUCUGUUCAGAGAGUGAAUUAGAGAAGUUUCUCUCUUCUCCUUCUCCCAGAACCUUGUGGCUGGAUAGCUUUUGGUGGAUGUUUCAUGAAAGGUACCAGCCAAACAAGGAGGUCCAGAACAGGCUUCUCGACAGGAUAGCCUGGCACUAUGCCUCCCUCUUGUUUCAUCAACCCAGAUCACAUUUCGUGGAGGCACUCUUGAAAAGGUUGCCGUCACUUUUGAGCAAAGCCCUGUACACCAGCUUCUGCUGCUGCUUCCCACAGUCCUGGUUCAACACCCACGAAUUCAAGUCGGACAUCUGCGACACCAUCAACCUGUGGAUGACAGGGACAUAUCCACGCCCCCAGAGCUAUAAGAGCUGGGACUACUCGGAACUGGAUCCAGAGAGAUUCCGGAGAGAAGAAUUAAUUUUACAGAGAAAACGACUGGCAAAGGGAAGAUAUUUCUCUUUCUUCACUCCUAAGAAGACGUUCCAGGGCAGGAGAUCCUACCGCCCUCAGUCUUCUAUCAUACCUUCAGCCAACAACAGAGUCUCCAUGGCCAGGCUGAAUUCAGGAGAGACCCUGCGAGCCCAGAGUGCCACGAGAGAGCAUCGUCCCACCCUGGUCUUGAGGAAAGCCACACCACUGGUCAAGAGGAUAUCAGAAGCAAGAGAAAGUGCAAAUCUGCUCACUAAAAAGUCUCACCCUGCCUGCAGAAAGCCCGAGCCGUCGGCAAACCUCUUCAACGUCUACGGGAAGAGCCCCCUGAUCGUCUACUUCAUCCACCGCUACCUCACCCUGCCGCAGGCCGGCCAGGACGUGUUCGUAGUGAGGAGGGAAAAUACCACGGUCAUCCCUGAGUCCACCCCGACGUACGCCGAUGUCAUCAACUUGACUCUGAAAAACAUGAAGACCCGAAAGGAAAAACUCAGCAAGCUGAUCGCGUUUCACGUGAAGGAAUGGAAUUCUUUCGAUAGUUACCUAAAUGAACUGCAGGACAACUUCUUGAGGGAGGUGGCAAACAUCGACAAAAAAGAAGCGGAUAAGAAAAAGGCCUCCGCCUUCCUCCCACCUGCGCCCGGCUGCCGCCCCGAGGAGCCGCGGAGGAGACUCGGGAGCGUUUUCAAGGAAGACGAGUUUCUUUUAAGGAGGGAAAGAGAAGAGAAGCUGAAGUUUAACCACUCUCCUCUCUUAUUUCCGAGUCCUGAGGACCCGUAUCCCCUGGAAGUAGGACAUCCCUACAGUGCCCAAGAUAUUUCUGCUAACAGGAAUCCCUGGGUGUGUGGUUGAGGGCCCCGCCCAGAACUCUGAUUCUCUGGGACCAGGAACUAGCGCCUCCUCUGCUCCUGGGGCACAGCUUGCUGCCAACGCAGUGCUGGGCCCAGAAAGGUGAAGCGUCAGAAGACGCACAAACUCUCACCCACAGGGAAGAGCCCUCCACGCGUCUCGGGCUUAACAUUUAGACAAGGCACAGAAUGGAUCCAAAAAUGUUCCUCUGGACCCCUUCCAGAAGUCACUGAGGCCUGGUGACCAGACCUUUUGUAGGAAGUUAGAGUCCAGCGUCUGCUCCUCGCACAGUGAAUACUGGGGGGAAACUGAAGGGAAGCGACCCUUGCCCUGAGCUGCUGAACUCCCAGAAGGGGCCUGGGAGGCGAGUCUGUCUUCUCCUCUCCGCGUCUCAGGGGAUCUGGUCCAGACCCAGGCUCCUCAUAGGUCUCCCAGGGUCCAAAGAGGUCCUCCCAAAAUGCCCAUCCCAGCCUGGGCAGUACACGCUGCAGCCCCAGCCACUGGGAGGUUGAGGCAGGAGGAUCGCUGGAGCCCAAUUCAGAGCCAGACCCCAAGACCCUUCUCUCAAAAGCAAGGAAACAAAAACAAACCAAAAUCCAUAUCUAAUACCUCUACUCCUCUACUUAAAACCCAGUCUGUCCCCAUUCCUCUCAGGACCCUAAUGACAAAAUCCACACUCUUCCUGAGGGGGCCCCUGCCCUCCUCUCCUUCCUCGCCUCAGCUGUCUCUGCCCAGGGCCUCUGGGCCUGCAGCUCCUGCUGCUUCAGAGAGUGCUGAGGUCUCCCCCCAGGUGACCGUCCCUGACAGGUGCCGGACCUCCUCUGAGCUCCCAGGAGUCCUUGCUCCUUCCCCUCCCUUGACUGACUCCUUCCCAAUGCUGGAAGCCCAGCUCAGGCAACACCUCCUCCAGGAAGCCCAUCCAGACGCCUGUUCUGUGCUCUGCAUUUCCUGCACUUGCCCCACAGAGUAUAUCUGACUGCAGUUGUGGAGUUGUCUGUCCCCUCUCUGUAUAGUGAGUCUCUCAACCUCUGGGACUUGGUCUCAUCCCAGGUCAAGUCCCCGAUGCCCACUUCUGUGGCUGGCACCCAGAAGGGAUCCAGGAAUUCUUAGUGAAGAAAUUAUCAGUCGCUGUGUGCUUAGCCUUCCACCUCCUUUAAUUGCUUAUAGAAAAAAAAAUAAUGUUACAUUUUAGAAUGUUGCCUCUCUGUACUUACAUGUGAAGUUAGGAAUAAAUCCUCUUAAAAGAUCA